AUGAACGAAAAUCUAUUCGCCUCUUUCAUUACUCCCACAAUAAUAGGUCUCCCAAUUGUUGUAUUCAUCAUCAUACUACCAUCAAUCCUACUUUCCUCCUCCAAACGUCUAGUCACAAACCGCUACUUCUCAUUUCUACAUUGACUAGUAAAACUUAUCACCAAACAAAUAAUACUUAUUCACACCCCAAAAGGACGUACAUGAUCACUAAUACUAGUCUCCCUAAUAAUAUUCAUUGGAUCUACUAAUCUCCUAGGACUUCUGCCACACACAUUUACCCCAACAACACAAUUAUCAAUAAACCUUGGAAUAGCUAUCCCACUAUGAGCUGGGGCUGUAAUCCUAGGAUUCCGCCACAAACUAAAAUCCUCAUUAGCCCACUUCCUACCACAAGGAACCCCCAUUUCUUUAAUCCCUAUACUCAUUAUCAUCGAAACAAUCAGCCUAUUUAUCCAACCCAUAGCCCUAGCAGUACGACUCACAGCUAACAUUACAGCCGGACAUCUACUUAUCCACCUAAUCGGAGGUGCAACACUAGUACUAAUAAGCAUUAGCCCACCCACUGCCUCCAUUACCUUUAUUAUUCUAGCCCUUUUAACUAUUCUAGAAUUUGCCGUUGCCCUAAUCCAAGCAUAUGUCUUCACACUAUUAGUAAGCCUGUACUUACAUGACAAUACAUAA